GUAAAAAAGAAAAAAAACUCCAAAAACAAAAACAUUCCAUUUCACUUCAAAUAAAAGUGAAAUAUAAAAUAAAAAAUAAUUCGAAAAAAAAUGUUAACAAAAUUAUUAGUGAAUUUUGAUUGUAAUUUUUUGGCAAAACGCGUUGCAGCAAAUUUGAAUAGCUUCCCCUCGAAUUGCGCCGUUUGGCAACGGCCCGCGCAUCGCGCUUUUCACGCUUGCCUAUGCUCGCCUCAGAAACCAGUCGGUAGUGCCUCGGCUCUCGUUAGAACGCCGAGUUUUCGCACGUGCACCCGUGCGUACGCGAAUGAUUGGCAGAAGAAUUUCGAUCGCAAAAAUGAGCAGCGCAAGACCAUACCAAAAUUGGUUUACUUGCAUAAUCCCUGGAAAUAUUUUGUGACGAAAUGUAAUUUGUGGCGAGUGCGUUUGAUAUGGGAUCGGAGUUUUAACGAGAAGGACUUCAUACGCGGAUCGAAGCAGGCCGCCAUUGUGAUCACCGACAUAAUACGCACACAGAAUACCGGUAAAAUUAGUCAAUUCACCACACCAGUGGGGUUUCAACAAAUCACGCGUGAUAUGUUGCUGUCACGCAACGACUCACGACUCAAAUUAGUGAAAUUCGGUACGGAGCACAUACGCAAAGCGAUACCCAUGAAAGUGGCGACACGCAAGAAUUUCGGCCGCCGUUACUGCUUCAUUGACAUGCUAUUUGUGGGCAUGCGCAAUACGAAGGAUUUUGAUUCGCCCGAAGAGUUGGUCGAAAUUAACGAUGUGCUGCGCAAGUUGGAUCAGGAUCUGCGCACACCCAUUGAGGUUACAUCGGUGCCACAUCGCAUUGUCUUCGCUGAGAUUUUCAUGCGUUUCCGACGCGAUUACACGCGUCAGACGGACAAUGAAUCGAAUAAUGUGCGCGAUCGCGAUUGGUCGGUGUCGUUUUACAAAAUACUCACAUUCGAUGUGCUCAACUAUGAUCCGAGACCAUGA